AUGGCGACGGGAAGCCAGCAAUCCGACAUAGUCGAUCUACUCUCCGACAGCGAUGAUGAUGUUGCGAUACUGCCUGAAGCUCCGAUCAACUCUCACCGCCAGGACUUACACAUGCACAAUAGUACUGAAUCUCAGCAUACACAGCACUCCUCACCCCGGAGAUCGCUGGGACAAGCACGCGGAGAAGACCUGCUACCUUACGAACCUCCUCCUCCUUACGCCGAAGGCCGCGUGCACCAUUUUCACGCUGGAGGCAUUGACAAAAGCCAUUACAUCCCAAACGAGCAGUUCUCCUGCCGUGGAUGCAGCAUCGAGCCGCUCGAAGAAGCCUACUUCGGGAAAGCGGCCUCAUCACGAAAUCAGUUUCGGCCUCGACCCAAUGUCGAAUCAAGCACGGCCGCCGGCACAAAUGCGACUGUAGAUGCAGCUGCAGAUGCUCCUACAAGAACGACCGCCGCAGACGAGAGGUGCGCUGACCCAAUACUUAUUGACGGAGACAGCCCCGUCACUUCGAUGGAAAGGGGUCUGGAUGAGGAGGAUACACUGCGUCCUGGCUUCAACCACGUCCUCGAUGUCGUGCAUGAACCUGGCACAGCAAGUAAUACCGAGCAGGGCAGCGACAGUGAGUAUGAUAUACAACAGAUAGCAAGACCCAGCAUGAAAAAUAAGCCACUUGCGAUGCUCCAGACCAGCAGGAAGGGAAAAGAGCGCGAACGACUAGUGAAUCUAUCCAAUCCUUCGGACGACGACUACACAACGAGCUCUUCCCGACACUUCGAUUCUGCAAUCACUUUGCCAGAUGGCGAUGAACAGUCUGACGACGAAGAGUUCAGACGAGCAGUUGCACUAUCUUUACAAGAGCAGCGAGCAUUCAUUCCACCGGCUAGCAAUUCCAAUGCUUCGAGCACACCAUCACGAUCCCAUCGUGCGAUCGAAAUUUCUGAUGACGAAGAGGAGGAGGAGUUUAUAAGAGCAGUCGCGCUUUCUCUGCAAGAGGUGCCAUCGAGCCAGUCCGCCGAAUCACCAAAGCGUACCACGGCAAUUGUCGUGCAAAAUCAGGUCGAGUCCAACGAGACGACGCUAUCGCCCUCUCCGAUCCUGCCAUCGUCUUCUGAUGCCCUCGCAGACCGGACUGCGCAGGCUGAAACGACAGCAGCACCAGCAUCGGGCGCAGCUGAUCCUACCACGCCCACUCUUGCGAACACAGCACCAGCAUUCAGCCUAGCAGGUUUGGACCGGAAGCAGAUGGAACAAGAACGCAAGGCAAGACAAAAGCGCAAACACGAAGGUGACAACGACGAUGGACGAAGGCCCAAGGCAGCACGAAUUACGCAGACAGGAACAGCGACAGCAACACAGUCACGAACGACGAACAUAUCACCUCCACCGCUCCAAAGACAAUCUCGUCCGUCUACGACAGCUACAAGCGGACUACCUUUAAGGAAUCCAGGCGGUGGCAGCAAUACACUGGACAGCAAAAGCGCAGCAGCCACAUCACCAUGGGGCACAACCCCAAACCGCUAUCCCAAAGGCAAAGUCUUCCAGACCUUCGUCGCAGGUUAUCCCGCAGACAAUACCAUUGAUUUCCCGACCCUCAUCGCCGACAAGGCGUCCCUGGAAUCAUGUCUCCUCUCUUCCUUCAUCUGGGACUUCGACUGGCUCUUCCCGCACUUCGACCUGAAGCACACGAAAUUUCAGCUCGUCAUGCACGCCAAAGGCGCGGCGCAGCGUGAGGCAUUGCGCGCUGAUUUCAAGGGCGUGCCCAACGUGAGACUGUGUUUCCCGCCGAUGGACGGCAUGGUCAAUUGCAUGCACAGCAAGUUGAUGCUGCUGUUCUACAAGGACGAAGACGCAGGUGGUGGAACUGGCAAUCGCCAGGGUCAGGGGAAGGGGCAGGGGCUACGCUGUCGCAUUGUCAUCCCGACAGCGAACCUGAUGGGGUUUGACUGGGGUGUCGGCGCGUUCAUGGAGAACACACUGUGGCUCAUUGACUUGCCUCCGAGACUCAGCGCAGGCGCGCAAGAUGAAACUCGUUUCGAAAAGUCGCUCAAGACAUUCCUGAGAGCGCAGACCGCACCAGACGAUGUGGUCCGGAAGCUCGAGCGGUUCGAUUUCCGCGAGACAGUUGGGCUAGGCUUUGUUCACACCAUCGGUGGCAUGCACGUGGGUGACACGACCAAGUCUACGGGGGUGUGCGGGCUAGGUCAAACCGUCACGGCACUUGGACUGGCAACUGACAGUCCCAUCGAGCUCGACUACGUGGCAUCAUCACUGGGCAAUUUGAGUGACGGCUUCAUGAGCUCGCUCUAUCUCGCUGCGCAAGGUGACAAUGGUUUCGCCGAGUAUGAUAGCCGUCUGGGCACGGGCACGGGCACGGGCACCGCGGACAGGGGCGCAAAAGGAGUCAAGGUGGGUCAGGACUGGAAGACAAAUUUUCGCUUCUACUUCCCUAGCGAUGCAACUGUGCGGCGGUCGAAGGGAGGUCCUCGCAAUGCAGGCACCAUCUGCUUCUCCUCGAAGUGGUGGACAAAUGGCACGUUUCCCACUUCGAAUAUGCGAGACUGCGUUAGUGUUCGCGAAGGUUUGUUGAUGCAUAACAAGCUGCUGUAUGUUAGACCCGCGAAUCUCUCGGAUGGCGUUCAAUUGCCGACCUCGGGCUGGACCUAUGUGGGAAGCGCGAAUCUAUCCGAAAGUGCUUGGGGUCGACUUGUCCAGGACAAGAUCACGAAACAGCCUAAACUGAAUUGUCGCAAUUGGGAAUGCGGAGUCCUCAUCCCCAGUCCUGCCAAGGCAGAUAGUCGACAGAAUAUUCCUGGUAUACACGUAAGCGGUGUGAUGAGGCUUGCAGGAUUUCAGGAUGUUGUUCCAGUACCAAUGCGGUUUCCAGGCGAGAGUCUUGUGGCAAAGAAGCCAUGGACCUUCUUCAGGUGA